AUGGCAGCCUAUGGAGCCUGCGCUUACGUUCAAUCACAAAUUGGCGGCGAAGUUCGCACAUCUUUGCUCUGCUCCAAAUCUCGCGUUGCACCAUUGAAAACACUCUCAAUUCCAAAAUUAGAGCUGUGCGCUGCAAUGUUGUUAGCCGAGUUGCUAAAUUCUAUCCAAACUUUAGGUCCUUUUAAGGGUGAAUUCUUCUGCUGGUCAGACUCCACUAUUACCCUAUCGUGGGUAAGUAGUGUUGCCGCUAAUUUUAAUGUAUUUGUCGCCAAUCGGAUAAGCAACAUUCAAGAACUAACUCAAGGUAUGUCGUGGAGGCAUGUGCCAACCCAACUCAAUCCAGCAGAUAUCUUAUCAAAAGGGGCCUCUCCCAAGGAACUUGAUGCAGCUACAUUAUGGAAGGAAGGACCAUCAUAUUUGAAAGAGGAUGAAGCCAAAUUGCCUAAAAUAAGGCAAGUAGACAACGCAUUACUUGAAAGGAAGAAAACAAUUUUGAUCUUGACACCUAAAAUCAUCGACUAUACAAUUGACUGCAAACAUAUACAUAAAUUUCGUUCUAUGAGAAGGAUCUACGCGUAUGUGAAUCGUUUUCUAAAAAUUAAAUCGAAUAUUCGCUGGGAAUCGCCUCAACUAAGCCUCGAAGAAAUUGAAGCAGGAACGCAUUUGCUCCUUCGUAUGGUGCAGAAAGCUGCCAUGAGCCUCGACUACAACGAGCUGAGGGCUGGACGCGCAGUCAGCUCUUCAAGCAAUCUUCGUUCGCUAAACCCAUUUCUGGACGCGACCGGACUAAUACGAGUUGGUGGACGUCUUCAGAAUGCAGAUCUUAGUUUCAAUGCAAGGCACCCCAUCGUGCUACCCAAGCAUCAUCCACUAACAAAUGGUAUCAUUAAAUACUUUCAUCAGAAGCUGCUUCAUGCUGGUUCUCAAGCGCUGCUUGCAACAAUUCGCUUGCAGUAUUGGCCUAUUGGAGGAAGAAAAAGCGUGACCGCUGUACUCAACAAAUGCUUGCGAUGUUUUCGCGCAAAACCAAUACUCAUGAGGCACAUAAUGGGUAAUCUACCAGCCGAGCGAGUCCGGAGUCAACGCCCUUUCUACACCACUGGUGUAGAUUUUUGCGGCCCGUUCAGCUACAAAUCCGAAGUGCGAAACAGACCACCAACGAAAUGCUACAUCUGCGUCUUCAUAUGUUUCGCAACAAAGGCUACUCAUUUGGAGCUAGUCAGAGAUCUAUCGACAAAUUCAUUCUUGGCCUCAUUAAAGCGAUUUACUUGCUUGCGUGGGCAACCUAGGGUUAUCUGGUCAGAUAAUGCUACCAAUUUCGUUGGCGCAAAAAAUGAAUUGAAAGAGAUUCGCGCGCUGUUUCUUAGUGAACAACAUAUUAGCGAAGUUCACAAACAAUGUCUUGACGAUGGAAUUGAUUGGCGUUUUAUACCACCCCGAUCCCCGCAUUUUGGCGGUCUGUGGGAAGCUGCGGUCAAGACCGCAAAAUAUCACCUUCGCAGAGCCAUUGGCUCUACGGUUCUCGGCUUUGAAGAGCUUCGGACACUGGUGUGUCAAAUUACUGCUAUUAUAAAUUCAAGACCUCUCUGUCCAAUUUCAGAAAGCCCAGACGACCUGGAAGUUUUGACUCCUGCUCACUUUCUUUCUGGUGGAGCACUCACAGCCAUGGCAGAGCCCAACUUGCUUAGUAUCGACUGCAAUCGUUUAAGUCAGUGGCAGGAGACUUGUCGCAUACAACAAUCCUUUUGGAAAUCUUGGAGCACUGCUUACUUAACGCAAUUACAAGAGCGCGGAAAAUGGCGUACGAAGACACCAAACAUUCCACCUAAUGCACUGGUUCUAAUUCAGGAUGAUAAUCUUCCACCCAUGAAGUGGCAAAUGGGACGAGUUAUCGAAUUAAUCAAGGGUAAAGAUGAUGUGGUUCGUGUUGCAGUCAUCAAAACUAGCACAGGUGUCACCCGGCGGGCAAUCACAAAGCUAUGCCUACUACCAGUAGAGGAAGUUGAAAACCCUCAAGGCUCUCAACGGGGGGAGCAUGUCCAAGGGUUAACGCAUACGUUCACCUAA